AUUGACAGUUAAACCCCUCGAACAACUUCAAAUUACGAAACGCCACUCUCACAUUUCUCCAUUUUCUACCAAAUUGAUUUUAUUUUACUUGUAUUCAAAAUUUGCAAUCCCAUGGUUCAGGUUCUUCCGUAAUAUCGAUCCAAGGUUUUUGAUCUUCAGAGCGAAAAAUCAGUGACUAUUAUUUGUUAACUAGCCACUAAUCAGAGUGCUAUAAUUCCUUCUCAUAUGUUGAGAUCUGUGCUCUUGACCUUAAGUCAUUAUUGAUACCCCUGGAACACUGGAAUGGAUGACGGACCCGCUGACUCAUCAAGUUCACCUGCUGCUGAAGCUUCUGAUGUACAACUUCCUGCUGCCACAGAUUUAGGACAACAAAAUCUUACACAUGAUUCACCAUCAAAGCUGUCGUCUUGGGCUAAAAAUUUAAAAAUUCCUCAGCCAUUUGCUGCCUCACAAGAGGACUCACAAACAGAAACUGCUGGAAAGUCACCUCUUGCACGGUUUACCAGUGGAAUUGGACUGCACUCGUCUCCUAAAUCUCCUCCCGCCAAUGAUAGUAAUGAAGGGAAUUCACCAACUGCUCAACCUGGCUUUUUUGGAACAAUUACAAAUGGCAUAGUCAACACAUCUAAAAAUGCUGUGAAAGCUGUACAGGUCAAGGCUCGGCAUGUUGUUUCACAGAACAAACGGAGAUUCCAGGAAGGAGGAUUUGACUUAGAUAUGACAUACAUCACUGAGAAUAUAAUUGCUAUGGGGUUCCCUGCUGGUGACAUGAGCUCUGGAUUUUUUGGAUAUGUUGAGGGGUUCUAUCGAAAUCACAUGGAAGAAGUGAUUAGGUUUUUUGAAACCAAUCACAAGGAUAAGUACAAAGUAUAUAACCUUUGCUCUGAGAGACUAUAUGAUGCUUCACUGUUUGAAGGAAAGGUUGCUAGUUUCCCAUUUGAUGACCAUAAUUGCCCCCCAAUUCGAUUGAUAAUAUCUUUCUGUCAAAGUGCUUACUCAUGGCUAAAGGAAGAUAUCGAGAAUGUUGUGGUUGUGCACUGUAAAGCUGGGAUGGCAAGGACAGGGUUGAUGAUCUCUAGCCUUCUUUUAUACUUGAAGUUCUUCCCCACUGCUGAAGAGUCGAUUGACUAUUACAACCAGAAAAGAUGUGUGGAUGGGAAGGGGCUGGUUCUGCCAAGUCAAAUUAGAUAUGUCAAAUACUUUGAACGCGCCUUAAUAUACUUCAAUGGUGAAAACCAGCCUGGACGCAGGUGCAUGCUUAGAGGAUUCCGGCUUCAUCAUUGCCCUUAUUGGACCAGGCCCUCAAUUACCGUCUCUGAUCAUAAUGGUGUUCUCUUCUCCACAAAGAAGCAUCCACGUACCAAGGAUCUCUCUCCAGAAGAUUUUUGGUUUAGCGCUCCAAAGAAAGGAGUUAUGGUCUUUGCUUUGCCUGGGGAAUCGGGUCUGACUGAGUUGGCUGGGGACUUUAAAGUCCAUUUUAAUGAUCGCCAAGGGGAUUUUUACUGUUGGUUGAAUACAACAAUGAUAGAAAACAGAAAACUUCUGAGUACUGGUGAUCUUGAUGGUUUCGACAAGAGGAAAUUGCCGUCCCCCGGUUUCCAGGUUGAGAUUGUGCUUGUAGAUUAUAAUGGCACUGCUCCCCCAAAGUCACAACCCGAAACUCCUACAAAUAAGCAAGAUGAAAGCUCAGGCACCUCCGAAUCAGCCGAGGGAGCCACCUCCAAGUCCAAAACAACUAAUUCUGAUCAGGUUGCAAGUUUGGUGAAGUCUACUGAAAAAGUUUCCUUAGGAAGUACGGACACCCAACAUAAGCAUGCCAUUAACGAGCCUAGAAAAGACACCGUCCAGCAAGCUGCUGAUGCUGCUGAUGCACGUGUUCCGAUUUCCAGCUCAGAAAGUCAAUUCAAGGCAAUGGCUGCUGAUGCAUCUGUUUUCAGUUUCGGAGACGAGGAAGAUUUUGAUAGCGAAUAAACCGGAGAAAUGUCAAACUUCCUGUACAUACAUCAGGUUGCAAGUUAUAUGAAUCCCAGGUAAUGUUCUAUUGUAUUUGUUUUAUUCGAAUCAUCUCACAUUCUGAUUCUGACUUAUAGGUGUUGUAAAUCCCCAUAAAAAAAAUUGGCUGGUAGAAUAUUCUCUGCAUUAAAUUAUGAAUCAAAGUCUCGAUGAAA